AUGGCUUCAAUCUGCCGUGCGCGGCUUCUCUCUGAUCUCAGUGGGAAGACUGCGUGCGAUAAAGAGGCAACCUCCUCGGAUGGGCGGUUGUGCGCGUUCCACUCGCGCCAAUGUCAAGCCCUGUAUCGAGGCUACAAAAAGCGCAAUGCUGAGCUCGACUCGCUGUCAGAAGCACCGCCAUUGUACCUCUCGAGUAAGAAGACAUCAGUAGUAACAUACGACUUCACGGAUAUCAGCGAGGAAACUACGCUCCGACAAAUUCACGAUUACCUAUUUCGCAAGUAUAAUCUGCUCGAUCGUGUGAUUCGCGCUCGAAGUCUGCAUCACAGCCAUUUCUUUGCUAUUGACAAUGACUACGGCCACGCGAAGUACCUCGACAGGCUGCAAAAUGAGAGACAUGUCAUGGUCAAGGCCUUGGAGAAGCUUGGGAAGAGAGCUGCUGCAGUCAUGUAUGAGCAGAAGCAGUGGUUCGAUUGGGUCAAGAAAUGUCAGGAAGAAGAAGAAAAGCAAGGGGAAAACGAGAGCAAAAAGGUCAAGCUCGAGUCGCUCCUGCUCAAACGGCACCAGAAAGAGAUCGACCGUCACCAGAAAGAGGUUAGGAGGAAGGAGGAUAGGAAGCGAGAAGAACAGUUUCUCGAUGAAACAUACAAACAACGUCUGUCAGAGGAAGAAGAGCAAGAGGAAUGGGACCCUAUCCAAGACAUCAACGGCUACGAACGCGACAACUAUAUCGAUCUUAUCAAGUUCUUUCUCAUGCUGGAAGAUGAAGCUGAGGAAACUGAACCUGCCCAACUCGACGGAGCUGCUGACACGAAACCUGCUGGGAAAGCUCUAUCGAAAUCGGCAAAGAAGCGCCAGAAAGCGAAAAAUGCCGAACUCAAAAAGAUGGCAGAGCCCGCAUCGCAGACCGGUGAAGGGAGGGGCGCGAACGUCAUUGAAAUGGAGACCAAAGUUCAGAUGAGGGAGAGGUUGCGGCAGCCAGUCAAGUUCGAGCGAGCCAAGGGCUGGUACGUGGAAGGCGGCGGCCCUGUAGGGCUUGAUGCUUCGACUCCCAUCCUGCCCGAGGAGGAGAUAGAAGCGCUGCUGGAUGAAGUUGCUGAGAUAAAGAACUUCAUCUUUUGUCGGCUACUCUUGUCCCAGGCCACGCUUCUCCCGGUUGCACUUGAAGCCGCCAGUAUAGACGAGUUCUUAGCCCAUGACCAAGUCACUCGAGAGCAUCUGCGAGACUUGUGCCUCAAGCUGGAGCGGCCUGGCCUGCAGGAUGUUCGUGACGCGUGUGCAGACUUCAUUCGGGAAAGAGACGGAGUCGAAGAGGAAGAGUCAGAAGAACCUACGGAGGAGACAGACGAGCAAGGAGAAGGAGGAAUUCCAGAGAAGUACAGACUAGUCUCCAGAAACGGGGACCGAAUGCCGGAAAAGUACCAGACUAAGAGAGAGAAGGCAGCCAAGAAAGCGAAGAAACAGCCACCCGGGAUGUUCAACUCCGAGACGGAUGGCGUUCUUGACUUCGGGAAAGUUACGGACGAAAAGAAAUACUCCCGGAAGCGGAUGCGUAUCAAGAUAUGCGGACGAUACAUGUACAACUAUCCCAGUGAGAAGGCCCUCAAUCGAGGCGGAUGGUUCCACUUCUCAGUCAUCGCUAAAGACUCUGACCUCUUCGACGCUGUCGAGCUUUGCCGCAACUGGAACGAGUUCUUCGAGCUCAACAUCCUGUGCAUGUACCACUACUUCCCUGCACCAAAAUGGACGCGCUUCAUUGGAGAUUUGCCACGCCAGCAACUACUGCAGCUGGGCUUCAUACCGUACUUCAGCGGCGACAAAGCAGAGAACGUCACAAACUACUUCCAGACAGGGAGUCGUGGCAUGGCACGUCGGGCGCACUCGAUUGUCGAAAUGAGGAACUUCAUCUGCGGUCAUAUCAAGCGCGACGACCCAGUAAGCCGCCGCUUCAUCCAGUACCUGGCUUUGGAGACGUUCGAGCUUCGGGCGUUGGUUCGAGAUCGCAAGACGGGGCGUAUUUUGAUCACUCCUCCUGAGGAUGAGCUUUGGAUACUCCGACAAAAGAGCGGAUGGGGGAGAGCUGCUCGCAAUGAGUUCGAUAUUCUUGGAGAAAUUGGGCCUACCUUCUUUGAACAGAUGGACAAGUCGCGCAAGUGGCACUUUGGCUUUGCCGAGGUCUAUGAUGUGUAUGUCUGGGAUUCCAGUCCUGGUCGAUCGUUUCUUAUCCUCCAGAGGAAGCUAGAAGAGAUCCUCACCCGUGCUAUGCGAGUCCACAAGCUGAAGGACAUGUUCUCGCAAGCACGGCCCAUUCUUGCAACGAUCACAAAAGACCCCAACACAGAACGUUGUCGCAGCAUCAAACCGGAUGAGCAGGUUACGAGCAUGUGGGAUGAUCUUGACAAGACGGCAGUGAUAUGGGAGUGGUCGACGCAACACGGGGCUAAAGAGACGGAGUUUGAGCCGCGAUACACAGAAGCCGACGAGCUUGAAGAUGCCCUUCUUUUCCCGCUAGAAGCCACGGGCGAGAUGGCGGACAAUCUGUUCCGCAACAAUCCAAGCGCGAUGGAGAUUUUUGAGAAGCAGUCGAUUGACGUCCGCACAUUCGCUGCGGAUCUGGAUACUGACGACGAAUUCUCUGGUUCUGAAGGGGAUUUCGACUCGGAUAUGGACGAUGAAGCGUUCGAGGACGACGGAGAACUCGACGGCCUCGAAGACGACGACAACGACGAAGACUGGGACACGGAGGAGGGCUCGUCCGACGGGGAAUACGGAUAUGUUCACAAGGGAGAGGUUGGAGCCGCAAAUGAAGCCAUCGACGUGCUGACCAAGAUGUUCAAGGGGUCGAGCUUCCGCGAACCAGACUACUUCUUGUCUAUCAUUCGCAACCCCUCAAAGGCAAACCAGAUUCCCGAGUCGAUCAGAAACAAUCCUGCAGACUUCAUGGCUAGCCUCCGAAUUGCGCUUAGAAGCCAGAAGGCCUACGACAGCAGUCACAUAGGUAUCGAGGCAGACUUCCACCGACAUUUGGACCGUCAGAAAAGCAAAAUUUUCAAGCAUAGCUGGCACAUGGCAGACCAGGAACCCGAUGCGUUUGCACACUACUAUGGACAGAUGUUUCUGUUCAACGCCAUGGAAGACUACGUCAUGACCAGUGGGGUUGAUCCCGGCCCCUUUGAACUCUGCAAGUUCAUGCGCAUGAAGGAUUUGUUCCUCGAGGAGCGAAGGAUUGUAGACGAUGCUUUCAAGGCCUACGCCUCCAUUGCUGCUUUCUUCAAGACGGAGGCUUUCCUCGCCUCUGAAGAUGGCAAGCCGUUCAGGGAAUCGAAGCUGCUCAACCAGGCGGAGAGAGCAAAGCAGGUCCCGGAUCGCAGGACACAUAUGAGCAACAAAACGAUGCCCACUUCUUUCUGGCGUGACUGGGAUAAGCUGCUGAAAGACAACGGCAGGAGGACUAGAGACACUGUCGAGGAUAUCUUUCCCACGGAAUGGCGCAAUGCUAUCCGUCCUAUCAUCAUACGCUUAUUCCGAGCAGGCAUCAUCUGCCAGUCCUACGCUGGCGCAGCAGCAGGCAUAGCGGUGGCUAAGGCGGAGCCUGGACGACCAACGGACCUGUACAUCGACUAUCGCGCAGGCAUUCCAGUAUCGAAGAUAGUGUCGCAUCUAGCCGACCCAACAACGCUCGACCGGGAUUUCAUCGUCGAGAAGGCCCGUCUAUUCCAGAGCCUGGAAAGGAACGCGACUUUCUCAGUGCUGAGAUUGUGGUCGGCGCCUCACUUCUACCCGCUCAUGCUCGGGAUCGAUAAGCGACCGAUGUGUGCGUUCUUGGACGAUCGAGGGCGCUGCUGGGAGUUCAAGUUCAUCCCCAAGGACAUGCCGUACAGCGAGUGGUCUAUCCACCAGCAACUGUCGCUCAGACUCGAGCCGUACAGGAGGAUCUUUGGCUACCAGGUCGUGGUUGCAAAAGACCUAGUGCUCAUCAUGGGCAGGAACGAGAAUAACACCAGGCAGCUGAGCGAGGCCGUUACGUGGGCCAUCCAGACUAAGCCGUGGAGGCUGGAGGUGGACUUUUGGCGGAGCUUCGUCAACGUGGAUGUGGAGUUCUUGGAGGAAUUGGAUCCGAGGUGGCUGGAGUAG